GAUGCGCAUGACUAAAAUUAUGCUGCUCGAUUGGGGCCGCCAUUUUAUUCAAUGAGAGCCCCUCCUCUGCGUUAGUUCAACAUGACCAAAUUACGCAACGAUACAUGUUGUUUUCAUUAACACACUCAAGUCAAGGUAUAUUUAGAAUAUGGAUAUCCAUAUAUGUGGAUCAUGUAAACGUCAGUUCAGAGAACUAGACAGUUUUCUUGCACACAAGAGGGCGACAUGUAUUCAAGGCAAUGUUACUGAAACAAUUGAUGAGGUACCGCUCUUUGCUGUUGGAAGGAAUGAAACCGCAGUCAAUUCUCAACAGUCAAGUUUUCAAAAUGUAAGAAAAGGCCAACGUUUUGAAGUCAGAGAUGGCAUGUUACAAGAAAAAGUAACAAAUCCUACCAGUGGUAAAAAUGAAACAUUACAAAUAGAUGCUGACAACUUGUUAACAGCAUCUCACUGCACAGACCGGACACCACUAGUGAUAACACAUAUGGUGAGAGGGUCCACUGAUAAAGGGCUUUCUAAAGACUCAGUAGUAAGUUCAGUGGAGAGUUCAAAACAUCCUCUUAACAAAGAUAAUGUUGGUUUGAAAGUUAAAAAGCUGAAAUAUAUAAAAUGCCCAGAAGAGGGCUGUGAAUUUUCUGCCCGAUAUAAAAAAGACUUGCUACGUCACAGCAGAAAGCAUACAGGCGAUAGACCAUAUUGUUGUAGCUUGUGCCCAAGAACUUUUACCAGAAGUGACAAGCUAAAGUUACACAUCCGUUCACACAACGGAGUUAAACCUUAUAAGUGUAAUGAUUGUCCAUACUCUGCAGUGGACCGGGGAAGUCUUACAAAGCAUCUUAGAAUUCACUCCAAUGAACGGCCAUACAAAUGUCAAAUUUGUGAUUAUGCAAGCCGAAAUUCCAGUCAACUUGUUGUUCAUCUAAGAACUCAUACUGGUGAUACGCCAUUCCAUUGUCAAAAUUGCAGUGCAAAAUUCAAAAUUAAUUCUGAUUUGAACCGCCAUAUGCGUGUUCACACAAAAGAGAAACCAUACACAUGUCCUUUGUGUGACUACAGGUGUUCAAUGAAAGGUAAUUUGAAUGUACAUAUGAAGAAUAACCACCUACGAGAAAAGAAGCAUGUUUGCGAGGACUGUGGAACCAGCUUUUGUACAAAACGUCAGCUGAAAACACAUAUGGCUGUUCACAUUUCAUAUAAGCCAUUCAAGUGUUUGGAGUGCGACUACAGGUGUAAAGACAAAACAUCCUUUAAGCGCCAUGAGCGUGCACACAGUGAAGACAGACCUUAUGUGUGUGACUACUGUGACUUUAAAGCCAAGUACAUUAGUCAUAAACAAAGACAUAUGAAGAAGGCACAUACUAGGGAGUGGACUUUGAAAAAACAGAAAAAGCACGAGGAAAAGGAACUAAAAUCAAGACUAAAAGAUUCUGAAGAUAGCAUGGGUAAAGGUAAAUGUGCCACAUCUACCCUUCCGGCAUCCACUAAAAAGAAACUAAAUUGCACUCACUGUGAUGCUUCAUUUGUCCGUAAAGAUUCACUCAACAGUCAUUUGAGACAGCACAUAAGAGUGGAAGAAACACUUCAAAGCACUGCUCUAGCUGUCUUACAACUUCAAGAGACACCUGUUGUACUUGUAGGGGAGCAACAGUCUGACAUAUUUGAAGUUGUCCCAGGAGAGAACCCAGAAAUAACCUCUGUUAGGGUUUCUGUCAGUAGAGGUUCUCAUGAGAUAAGCCAAAUAUUGCAGUCUGUUGACAAAAGAUUAUCUGCAAAUGAAUUGCUGACAAGUAAAGAUCAUGCAGGAGGAAAUUUAUCAGUAAACAUUACAAAUGACAACUCUACACAGUCAAAUAUGUCAUUACAGAGGCAAGAUUUUAAACAAAUGGUUGCCAAAGAUUCCAGCACAUCACAUUUAACACAAGUUAAAGAAUGUGCAAAAGUUGAUAACUUGAAAAUGUUUCCUCAAAUGCUGAUAAACUCUCAGCAACACAACAUCCUGGGGCCACCUGUGGUCAUAGCGCAGGUGCAAGGCUCAAAUGUGCAGCCUCAGGUGUUUCAGAUUCAAGCUAAUGCUUUUGGUGAAGGUUUGACACCAAACAAACAACAGACAUCUACCAUGUCGUCUGUCACUUCAAAUGUUUCAGCAGACCAAAAUGUAAUGCUUCAUAUCAUUAAUCCAGGCGCUAGUGUGACCAAUUCACCAUCUACCCGGUCUAGGCCUAGGAAGCAAAAUCUGCAGAAGUGCACUGAAAAACCUUUGAUUCCAUUAGCAACCAUACAACAGAAGGCUGUUACAUCAUUGUCAGCAGGAAUAUCUGGAAUAAUGCAGCCAACUGUUGUCCAGUCUCCCUUAACACUCCAGAACAUUCAACCUGGUAAUUAUCAGACCUUACAGCUCUCGACCUCACCACAAAGGUUCCAGUUAGUUCCAGUAACAUCACAAGUAUCUCGCAAAGUAAGGCCAAUUGCAAGUAAGCCAGUUUCAACUUCAACUGUUACCGCAUUAUUCUCAAAUCAGAAUGUAACAAGUAUUGCCCCUUCAGAGCCACAGCAGCCAUCGUUUACAAGUGGUAACACUAAAAGUAAUGGCAGUUCUUUCCAAAUUGGAGAGGCCUCCGCAGUGAUGCAAAGAUUAGUUGAGCAGACACGUAACCAUACUCAACAGAAAGUAGACAAACAAUCAUUAGUCAACAUACAGUGUAGUACAGCACCACUCACCAGCUCAAACACCUCUCUUAGCAUCAAUCAGUUUCCAGCAGCGAUGUGGAACCGGGAAGCUUGCCAAGGUUCUAACUUGGUUAUACAAAACUCUGUUGUUCCUUUACUCCAACAAACAUCUGUUGUUGAGAUUGUGCAACCUUUAAAACAGCACCCAGAAACGCACUAGUGAAGUAGAGACAGAAGUAGAGGCAUGAGAAAAUAUAUCAACCAAAAAUGGUAAACAUUGACUGUAAUUACUGUAGCUUGUACCAUUGGUUACAAUACAAUUUAACAUUUGAACUGCUUACUUUGUAAGCUUUCAUUAGCUUUCAAUGUCACUUAGAUCCGUUUGCUUACAAUCAGUACAAUGAUUUUUGGCAUAAAAAGUUUCUAAAUCAGCAAACACAUUAUUAUUUCAUUGGAACUUCGAAAAAAAAAACACUCAAAAAUUCAAGGAAAAUGUUCAAACACAUCAUUUAAAAAGAACAAAUGAAACAGAUUGUUUUUGUUGAUUUACAGACAUUUUAUAAUCUCUAUUGAUUGUUAGCCAGUGUGAAGGUCAGUGCAAAAGAAUACAGGAAGGUAUUCCCAUUCAAAUUUUUAAUUGUAUGUUAAUAUACUUCAAUAUUCAAAGUAAGCAAAUUCAAAUAUGAGAUUGAUUUUUUAGGUUCAUACUGUAAGAGACAGUGCAUCUUUCAAUGUACAAUUCAAUGUUUUUAAUUAAAUUUUUUAAUAGGGUUUUCCAAAAUUUUACCAUAGACUGUAUGUGUUAUUAAUUUAAAUUGAUUAAAUUUUAUAUUAAUUAUGAUCUGUAAUAUAUUAAACUUUAGGUAAUAAGGCAUUUGAAAAACAAAAAACUUGCCACAAAGUGUUGUUUCCAUGUUAAAACAUGGUAAAUAAAAAGUAAAUCCAAAACAACAAAAGAUUAAAACUAUAAAUUCUACAUUCUGUAUAUAUUCACUGCAUGAAUGCUGUGUUUUCUAGUAGGAUAGCUGAUGGCAUGAACACAUUUCUUUAUUACCCAUUUGUCCUACUAUAUAAUAGUAUUCUUAUCCUACUAGAUGUACAGUAUUUUAGAGUUAUGAAGAAGAUGAAGUGUCCUGAAGAAUGUUAUAAAUUUCUAGAUCUUGAAAUCAUAUACAGAAUAGCUGAGCCGUUUCGGUAGCAAUUAUUUUGCUAUUCACUAUUAAAAAUUAUUUUAUUCAAUUAAAUCACAUGGUACACCAGAAUGUGAGCAGUGAUAGAAUGACUGAUACAGAAAGACAGAAAGGUGUCCAAAUCUAAUUUUAUCUCUGAGGUGGAUGCAGAGGGGGUUUAGACGGUGUGAUCGCACCCCCUUAAUUUUAUUUUAAAAAAUAAUUGCUGUAUUGUAUUGUUGAUAUAUUAUUUUUAUCACAUAUAUUAUCUGUAGGCCUAAGAUUUUCAAAAUGAUAAGAGUGCAAUUUCCGAGCAUCUUGAGGUCCAUAUUCCCAAGCUUUACUUGCUUCAGUCCCAACUUUGGUGUGGCGGGUGGUGUGGAUUAUGCCUAUCACGUACCCCCUACAGCCAAAUCUGGCAUCCGCCCCAAUAACUUUUAAGCAAAAACUACUAAAUUUAUUUGUUACUUUUCCAAUUCAACUUGUCAUCACUAUAUAAACUGAUAAGACACAAUAUUUGUUUCUUAAAUAAAACUUUCCGCAUCAUCAUUCUUAAUAA